UUAUUAGAUUUUUUAGAAAUAUGUUCAAAGCAAUUACAAACUUAGCAUUCCUGAUAUUAUAAUAUUACAGGAUUAUCUGUAAUCUGUAUUGAAAUAUCCCCUGUUUGUUUACCGUUUUUGUAAUCCUUUUAUGUUUUCAGCCAGUAUGUGAAAUGAUCACACAUGAUAGAUUCUAAAUAAAAGGUGUCUUCCAGAGUCAGCACAGAAGACAGAACAAAAGAGGCAUAACCCAUUUUUUUCUGAGCAAACAGUAGACACUAAUGAACUGGCUAAAUAUCCAGGGCAGUUUUCAGUGCAGGAUCCUGCUAAAAAAAAUUAAUUCCUCAGCUGUACUCUCUGUCAUUAUUAAGCAAACAUUUGGGAGGUUCCUUGAAAUAUUUUAAAAUGUGCAGAAAGCAUUACAACAAAGAAAGACAGAAAGAAGAAACAAAGCAGAUCAUGACAGUAAUAACCGUGCCAGAAUGGGGCAUGAAGACCCUAAUUGGACUGAAUUUCACAUGCAACAAUAGGCCUGGCUAGAAAAUUCCAGGCCUGAUUUUACAGGACCUGCUUUGUUGCUGCUGCAUUUGUUCUCUAGUGCUGUGUUAACAGUUAUCCUUUCUGUGACAAGCCUCUCUCCCCAGGCUUCCACACAGAGAAUGAAACUCUCCCUACAUCAAACUCUUGUAAGAAAAAACUCCCAUUUUUGCGUGUGACCCUGAGUUGGUAAAAGUUUUGGCGCAGUCUGUCAGGCAUCCAGUUGUAACAUAGUAGCUACCUUGAGACUAUGUUCCCAAGUCUAUGCAAGAACGCUGAGACCAGCAAGAGAUGAUGAGCAAACUACCAGAGGAAGUGGCGGAUGGUUUGAGCACGGAGGAGCUGGAGUGUAAAAUCUGCUAUUCUGCUUACAAUCUUUCCAGUCGGCGACCAAAAGUGCUUGAGUGCUGCCAUCGUUUGUGCUCCAAAUGCCUGGCAAAAAUCCGCAAUCUGGGUGAGUCACCUCCGAACUCAGUGGUCUGUCCUUUCUGCCGCUAUGUUACUGAUCUUCCUGGAGAAGCUGGUGGCAGUCUACCGGAUGACUACAACUUGGUGACUGUGCUGUCCAUCCAAAACCAAUACCUGAAGGGGAGCCAGGGUGAGAUUUUGCUCACUCCCAGACAUCUAAAUUCUCUGGUGGGUCAUUCAGCAUCGGCAACGCCUUCGUCUCUGUGCUCCAACUAUGUGGUCAUCACUAUUAUGGAAUCACCACAGGAGCGUGCCAUUUCAGCAGAUCACCGCUCCUCCAGCCUGGACUCCAUGGCCUCAGUGACACGACGCUGCACAGUGUGGAACUGUAUGACGAUGCUGUGUCAGGCAUUGGCCAGAAUUCUGGUGUGGGUCGUGGGGCUUUUGUACUUCAGCUCUUUGCCAACAGGUAUCUACUUACUUAUCAUGCAGAAGACCACUCUAGGAGUUCUGCUGAUCAGUUUAAUGCCUGUCAGCCUGGUCAUCGUCAUAGUGUAUGGAAUGUGCCAGUGUGUGUGCCAUGAGUUUUGGGACUGUUCACGUCCACCUUAAGGAUCAAAACAUGGAUGUCUCCUUCUCUCUGUGGACAUAAUGGACUGACAGGUUAUUGAAAGCCUCAGUUCUCAGUUGGCAAAAUGAACAAAACGAAAGUUUUACUUUAGAAUAUAAUUUCUAACUAUCUCUAGAAUUCAUGUAUCUUUAUACCACAAUACUUACGAAUUCUCAAUCUGAAGAUGCUGAUUACCUUUUUAAUGGUUGUUAUUUUACAGCUCUGACUGCAGUUCUGGCUGUAAAUUAUAUGGCAGGUUUAUUGUAAAUGCACACUUUCUAAUACAUUAUUAUUUCUAAAGUAGUAUCCAAUAGACACAUUGUGCUCCAUAAUCUGAGACUUAUAAUAAACUGAUUUAAAAAGUGUUUUAAAAAAGUGCAGCAUGCCCUUAAUUAAUGAAUGUUAUCAUUUUCAAACUGCUGUGGUAUUAGUAAACUUCAGGGUUUGCUGUCACAGAAAUAUAAUCCAUUUCAGAUGUUAAUGGUUAACAUAUAUAUGCACUUUAUUUGUUUAUUAUGAACACCUUUAUUAUAACACUUCUGCAGUUAUCUCUAAUCAGCAAAUCAUGUGGAGCAGGUCAAAGAAAAAUCAGGUCAAGUGCUUCUGUUAAUGUUUAAAAUCCAAAUAAAGGAAAACUGUGAUCAUUGUGACUUUAACCAUGUCAUGGAUGUUGAUACCAGACAAUGCUGUUUUGAGUAGUUCAGAAAAUCUCAUCGUCUGUUGUGUGUGAAAUCCCCAGGAGAUCAGCAGUUUCUGAAAUACUCACACCAGCUUAUCUGGUACCAACAUCCAUGCAACGGUUAAAGUCAGAGAGAUCACAUUUUCUCCUCAUCCUGGUGUCUGAUGUGACCAACUGAAGCUCUUGACUUGUAUCUGCAUGAUCUCAUGCAUUGUGCUGCUGCCAUGUGAUUGGCUGAUUAGAUUAUGGCAUUUGUUUAGAUAAUGGCACAUGACCUAUGCCAAUGACCAGUUUAUAAACUUUAUUUAAUCUCAGAAUUCCAGUGAAAGAAAUUGUAAUGUUGUUUUUGAAAUAUAUAAAUAUAAAUACAUUUUCUAUUGAAUUAA